AUGGGGCCGCCUGGCUCCCUGUGGCAGUGGGGGCUGCUGCUGGGGCUGCUGCUCCCCCCGGCCGCCCCGUUCUGGCUCCUCAAUGUGCUCUUCCCCCCGCACACCACGCCCAAGGCUGAGCUCAAUAACCACACACGGCCCGUCAUCCUCGUGCCUGGCUGCCUGGGGAAUCAGCUAGAAGCCAAGCUGGAUAAACCGGAUGUGGUGAACUGGAUGUGCUACCGCAAGACUGAGGACUUCUUCACCAUCUGGCUGGAUCUCAAUAUGUUUCUGCCCCUCGGGGUGGACUGCUGGAUAGAUAACACCAGGGUUGUCUACAACCGAAGCUCUGGGCUCCUGUCCAAUGCCCCUGGUGUGCAGAUCCGCGUCCCCGGCUUCGGCAAGACCUACUCUGUUGAGUACCUGGACACCAGCAAGCUGGCAGGUUACAUGCACACGCUGGUGCAGAAUCUGGUCAACAACGGCUACGUGAGGGACGAGACUGUGCGGGCCGCGCCCUAUGACUGGCGGCUGGAGCCCAGCCAGCAGGAAGAGUACUACCGGAAGCUGGCCAGGCUGGUGGAGGAGAUGCACGCUGCGUACGGGAAGCCCGUCUUCCUCGUCGGGCACAGCCUCGGCUGCCUGCACUUGCUCUACUUCCUGCUGCGCCAGCCCCAGUCCUGGAAGGACCGCUUCAUUGAUGGCUUCAUCUCUCUCGGGGCUCCCUGGGGUGGCUCCGUCAAGCCCAUGCUGGUCUUGGCCGCAGGUGACAACCAGGGCAUCCCGAUCAUGUCCAGCAUCAAGCUGAGAGAGGAGCAGCGCAUAACGACGACUUCCCCAUGGAUGUUUCCCUCUCGCAUGGCCUGGCCUGAGGACCACGUGUUCAUUUCCACACCCAGCUUCAACUACACAGGCCGUGACUUCCAGCGCUUCUUUGCAGACCUGCGCUUUGAGGAAGGCUGGUACAUGUGGCUACAGUCACGUGACCUGCUGAAAGGCCUUCCAGCACCUGGCGUGGAAGUAUACUGUCUUUACGGCGUGGGCCUGCCCACACCCCACACCUACAUCUAUGACCAUGACUUCCCUUACGCGGACCCUGUGGGUGUUCUCUAUGAGGAUGGUGAUGACACAGUGGCCACACGCAGCUCCGAGCUCUGUGGUCUCUGGCAGGGCCGCCAGCCACAACCUGUGCACGUGCUGCCCCUGCACGGGCUACAGCACCUCAACAUGGUCUUCAGCAACCAGACACUGGAGCACAUCAAUUCCAUCCUGCUGGGGGCCUACCGUCGUGGUUCCCCUGCAGCCUCCAGUGCCAGCCCAGAGCCCCUGCCCCCCAAAUAAAGACCUGCCUGUGCUGCUAUAA